CGGCCCGGUACGCCAUGCUUGACGUGUUCCGGGGCCUGAAGAGCCUGGUAAAAAUCAGCCACGUGCACAUCGACUCGCCCGUGUUCCGGCUCCACUACAGCUUGACCGUGAUGCUGUUGUCCGCUUUCAGUCUGAUCGUGACCACCCGGCAGUACGUCGGCAACCCGAUCGACUGCGUGCACACCAAGGACAUACCGGAGGACGUGCUCAAUACCUACUGCUGGAUACACUCCACGUACACCAUCAAGGAGGCGUUCAAAAAGAAGGUCGGUGUCAGUGUCCCGUACCCGGGCGUGGAUAACACCCGUGGAAAGACGGACGAUCGCAAGACUUACGGCUACUACCAGUGGGUGUGCUUCUGUCUGUUCUUCCAGGCAAUACUAUUCUACACGCCCAGAUGGCUGUGGAAGCACUGGGAAGGUGGAAAAAUCAGGGCGCUUAUGAUGGACCUAGAUGUAGCCAUCUGUACAGAUGCCGAGAAGAAGCAGAAAAAAAAAAUUCUGCUAGACUACUUGUGGGAGAAUCUGCGAUACCACAACUGGUGGACAUACAGAUACUACCUAUGCGAAAUGAUGGCGCUAUUGAACGUUGUGGGUCAAAUGUUCAUGAUGAACCGUUUCUUCGACGGCGCAUUUCUGACAUUCGGCAUAGAUGUGAUUCGGUUUCUAGAGAGCGACCAAGAAGAUCGGGUGGACCCAAUGAUUUUUAUAUUCCCCAGGAUGACCAAAUGCAUUUUCCAUAAAUUCGGAGUAUCCGGCGAAGUGGAGACUCACGAUUCGAUAUGCAUAUUACCACUGAACGCAGUCAACGAAAAGAUAUAUGUUUUCCUAUGGUUUUGGUUUAUGAUUCUCGGAGUUUUGUCAGCGGCAGUAAUCAUUUACAGGUUCAUUAUAAUAGUAUCCCCACGGAUGCGUGUGUACUUGUUUUGCAUACGGUUUCGGCUGAUCAAACGGCAGGCCAUUGGCAACAUCGUGCGCCGAUCAAAGCUAGGCGACUGGAUGCUGUUGUACGUGCUCGGAGACAAUAUCGACUCGGUUGUGUUCCGGGACAUAAUUCAUGAUUUGUCGCACCGACUGGAAACGUAUCAUAACAAAAACUCGACGGUCAGGACGGUGGAUGCGUAACGACAGUCGAUCAUCUGUGCUCAAAUCAAUAACCAACAUACAUUGUUACAGGGUAAACGACUAACCGGGGAACUGCAGCAGCACGCGAAUACUUGACAUGCACUACUAUAUUGCUGUGCAGUUGCGGUGGGAGGACGGUCGUAUCGAGAAAAACAUCGGUCAUCAGCGGACGUGAAAUGCGUGUACCUCGUUGCCACAUGACCUCGUCAAAUAUUAUGUAACGUUGUUAAAAAAAAAAGGAAGCUAUUUGUAAUUUUCGAUUUAUUAUUGGGGUUUUUUUCUUCGAAAAAUAGAGUAA